GAAAGACAGAAAUCAUUGUGGAUAACAAUAAUUUACAAAGAAAAUCUUUGCACCAAAUGGGAUUUUUGCAUCAAAAGAGAUAGAAAAGGAGAGGCUAAGCAAAAAAGAGAGGAGUUUCGUUGGUCGUUAGCCGUCAAAUGGCAGCGGCAGCUUCCACUUCCAUGGCGGCGACAGCCGUCUCGCUACAUUGUCUCCCCACCAAAACCACCGUCCACAGCUCCCCCUUGCCGUGUCUGCCUCCCCGUUUCUCUUCUUCAGCUUUCUCCACUUCCUUCAGGCCAAUUUCAGAGUCGAGGAGGUCUUCUUGUCUCCUGGUCAAAGCCUCAUCAUCAGACGAGACAUCUGCAGUUGAUGCUAAUGAAUUACUAACAGACCUAAAAGAAAAGUGGGAUGCUGUUGAAAACAAGUCUACAGUACUUCUUUAUGGAGUAGGGGCAAUUUUGGCAACUUGGUUAGCUUCCAUUAUUGUUGGCGCAGUUAACUCGGUCCCUUUGCUUCCAAAGAUCAUGGAGUUGGUUGGUCUCGGAUACACUGGAUGGUUUGUGUACCGUUACCUUCUUUUCAAGUCGAGUAGAAAAGAACUGGCAGAAGACAUUGAAGUUUUGAAGAAGAAGAUUGCUGGAACUGAGUGAUUGUAUGCUAUCUAGUGCCAAAUUCAUCAUAUAAUCAUCAUUCCAACAGUUGCGUAUUCUGUACAAGAGGCAUGUGUUGUUGUGAUGAAGUGUAGGCCUAUGUAUUUCUAAUGCACUUGAUUUUGUUUAUAUUUGAAUAAAUAUUCAGUAAGUUAUUCACGGUUAUUUUUGGCCUUCAAUGGAAACUUUUUGAAAGUAUUAA